UUUGCAUCGUGUGUUGAAAUCGGAUCUCCAUGGUCACUUUCGAUCCUGGAACUUUGAUGUUGGAAAUGGCCUGGAUGUGCUAUCUGUAUCUCAAUGUGCAAUCUGCCAUGACGACAGAACCAGGCUCGGACUCAAAGGAGCAGGACCAGCGGCAGGCCAGUGCAGCUCCGCCCGCUGAGGCCCCGCCCCCUCAGCCAGCCCCGCCCCUGCACACCCCCCUGCAGACUGACGGGGAGCAGUUCCCAGCCGCCGCCGCUCACAGCACGCCCGCUAAAAAGGACCAGAACGGAGAGAGAGGGGCAGAGGGCACCCCACUGAGGAGGCACGAUCAAUUUGAGGACGACAAAGCAUCUCAGAGGUCAUCUUCCAGCAAGCUCUCCAAGUCCCCUGGGAAAACCUCAAAGAAUCCCAAGAACAUGCAGUGCAAAGUCACCCUCCUGGAUGGGUCAGACUACACCUGUGUUGUGGAGAAACGGGCUAAAGGACAGGUGUUGUUUGACAGAGUAUGUGACCAGCUGAAUCUCCUGGAAAAGGACUACUUCGGCAUCACAUUCCGUGACAUGGAAAACCAAAAGAAUUGGCUGGACCCUGCGAAGGAAAUGAAAAAACAGAUAAACAGAAGUGGUGCUUGGAGUUUUGCAUUCAAUGUGAAGUUUUACCCACCAGACCCUGCACAGUUAUCUGAGGACAUAACGAGGUAUUACCUCUGCCUGCAACUGAGGGAUGACGUGGUGUCGGGCCGCUUGCCCUGCUCUUUUGCCACGCACGCCGUCCUCGGCUCUUACACGGUCCAGUCCGAGCUGGGAGACUAUGACCCGGAGGAGUAUGGUAGCGACUACAUCAGCGAGUUCCGCUUCGCCCCCAACCAGACCAAGGAGCUCGAGGAGAAGAUCAUGGACCUCCACAAGAACUAUAAAGGGAUGACACCAGCCGAAGCUGAGAUGCACUUCCUGGAGAAUGCCAAGAAGCUGUCCAUGUAUGGAGUGGAUCUCCAUCACGCCAAGUUGAUAGGAAGCAUCUUUGAGUGCUUGGCUCCAGCUAAGGGGGAGGAUUCAGAGGGUGUGGAGAUCAUGCUGGGGGUGUGUGCCAGUGGACUUCUGAUUUACCGCGACAGGCUGCGCAUCAACAGAUUUGCGUGGCCCAAGGUCCUGAAGAUCUCCUACAAAAGAAACAAUUUCUACAUCAAGAUCCGCCCAGGGGAGUUUGAGCAGUUUGAAAGCACGAUAGGCUUCAAACUCCCGAACCAUCGGGCGGCAAAGAGGCUCUGGAAGGUCUGCGUGGAGCAUCACACCUUUUUCCGGCUGGUGUCACCAGAGGCUCCUCCCAAGAAGUUCCUCACGCUCGGCUCCAAGUUCCGGUACAGCGGUCGGACCCAGGCCCAGACACGGCGGGCCAGCUCCCAGAUCGUCCGUCCCGCGCCGUACUUCGAGCGCUCCUCCAGCAAGCGCUACACCAUGUCCCGCAGCCUGGAUGGGGCUCAACGGAAUCAACCAAAAAACACAGUGACUGUAGGCCCUGGAAUUAAACUGCCUGUCACUGUAAAUCACACUGACGCAAAAGAGAUGGGCACUGCCCCGUACGGGACAGCCAAGGGAGUAGCUGCGAGCGACCUCAUCACCUCGGUAACGCCAGAGAAGAAAGUAGAGGAGGAGAAGGCCGAGACGGAGGAGGAGGAGAAAAUAAGGUCCCCGGAGCCACCGGAGCCAGGUCCACUGACUCCAGUGCGACACGAGAUGAAGACCGACAGCGAAUGGACAGACACUGUUGCUGACGGUGAAACAACAGCGACAGAGUCGGACCAAGAAGAUGAAUCUGAGAUGAAGACACAGAAUAGUUUCAUAAGGCGAAUAAAAGGGGAAAAUGUUUUUGUCAAACAUAGUAAUCUGAUGUUAGAGGAAACAGAUAAGACUCCAGAGGAGCUGGUGAAACACCAGACCAAUGUAAGCGAGCUGAAGCGCACAUUUUUGGAAACGGGAGCUGAUACCUCCGGGCUCACAGAGUGGGAGAAGAGGCUGUCCACAUCCCCGGUGCGGUCCCCAAGGGUAGAGGAUGCCCCCAUGAUCGAACCCCUCGUACCUGAAGAAACUAAGUACGAUGCAAAGGCGACGGCUGCUGACAUCCUGGAAGUGAAGCACAGUCUUUUGGAAACUAAAAGUACCACGGACUCUGAUGGGUGGGUUAUUGUAAACAAAGUCCCUCCUAAGGUAGCAGAAAAGAAAAACGUUGUCAACUAUAAAAUAGUGGCUGUGACUAGCAGUGUUGCCGACGAAGCACGUAGAGGUGGUGAGUUCAAAGCCUUUGAGGACGUCCACUGCGAAAUGAAGUCAAAGGAGGAGGAACUGAGGCAGAAAACCUACACCCUGGGGAAGUCGUACGACACCAUGUCGGGGAAAAUCGUCACCAUGACAACACGGUCCAGAGAGGGUGAGAAUCCAGCUCAGCUGUACACACGGGAGUUAAAGAGGACGGCGGACGGGUGUUUGCCACCGAUGAAGAUCAUACCGGUGUCGGCCGAGUAUGAGAUACUGGAGUCGGCGACCGAGGAUGGGAAAGGGACGCUGGUCACAAUAAAGGAAGCAGAGACUCCUUCACCCUCCGAGGCCACCGUGGGCACCGUGAGGACUGUGGUGGCCAUCAGGUCGAGCGACGAGAUAGGGCAGGCACGGAGGCCUGAGGUGAAGCUGCAGAAGAGCGUGGCUCAGAAGGACAAGGCCAAGUGUCCGGCGGACCUGCGGGUGGCCACCGCCCACUAUGUAACCAAAACGUCACCCACAUCCAGAGUGGUGCCUAAACCCACCUUUGAUGAGAUGUCUCCGGAGCUCACAGCUCUGCUACAGUCAGCUCGAGAUCAGAUCAGCACUGUGGGAUGGGCCAGCUCUCCUUCACAUAGUCAGGCCAUCCUAAAGUCAACGGAGAGAAAAGAGAAGAUCGUCCUGCAGACGCCAGCAUCCCGGCAGCAGCAGCAGCAGGAGGAGGAGGAGGAGGAGGAGGAGGAGGAGGGGCAGGCAGUGGCAGUGACACAGGUGCUGCAGGAGACAAUGCCACCGGAACAGGGAGCCGUGGUGAAUAUGCAUGUGGCCGAGGCUGCAGACAGCGCCUGUGGUGACCUGAACAGCGUCGCUGCUGCUGUUGUGGCUGCUGCUGCGGUGCAGGCUGACAGUGCCGCCCCGCGCUGCACGGCGGGAGAGCCGGGCUCUCCGGGGCCGGAGGAUGCCAGCGAGGAGGAGGAGGAGGAGGAGGAGGAGGAGGCGGCCAGAAACUACCCAGCUGCCGUGGCCGCCUCCUCGCCCCAGGAGGUGGCAGAGCUGGAGCAGGUUGCUGAGGCUGUCAGUACAGAAGUAGCCACUGCUAUGCCUCACUUUGAGUCCCUGCUGCUUAAAACCGAGGUGGGGAGUUUCAGCCAUGUCACACAAGGGGAGAGAGAGGAGGUUGUGACCAAGGAAGUGCCAGUAAUCCACACAGAGAUGAAAACCAUCACAUACGAAUCGUCACAGGAUAAUGCUGGUCCUGAAGUUGAUCCAGGGGUUUUGAUGAGUGCCCAGACCAUCACCUCAGAAACAACCAGCACCACCACAACCACACAUAUCACAAAGACUGUGAAAGGUGGCAUCUCAGAGACGAGGAUUGAGAAGAGAAUCGUCAUCACAGGGGACGCUGACAUCGACCACGACGAGGCGCUGGCUCAGGCCAUUAAAGAAGCCAAAGAGCAGCACCCUGACAUGUCUGUGACCAAAGUAGUGGUACAUAAAGAGACAGAGAUCACCCCAGAAGAGGGGGAAGAGUGACGCAGGAUUAAGACGUCGCCCUUCAGAGGAGAGUUUUAUUUCACACUGUACGGAAUAAAGGACACCUGUGGGGAGUCGACCCCGACCUCCAUCAGCACCACACAUUAACCAGUAUUUCACCGCAACGGAACACUGAACAACUAAUGACACUCAUUAUACAAACACUGGCUUAUAUGUAUCUCUAAAUCAGUCCAAUUCAUCAUUGGAAAAUGCAUAUUGCAUGAAAAGGGAGCAAUUCUGCAGUUUUUUUUUAAAAGUCAAAACCCCCAAAAAAUUGUGUAUACAGGUUCUUAAUCUACCUGCACGCUCUGAUAAAAGGCAGGAAGAUUCAAAGGAAAAAAGCUAAAAACAUUUUUAUUCACUGCCUUAUUAAGUAAUGACUUUUAAAGUGAUAAUAAUAAUUUAAGUAGCUUCAUUUUAUUUGAGAUAAAAAAUCGUUCAAAAAUACUAUAGGCUGUACAUGUAAGAGUGCACAAUAUUUAACCAUUCAGUAGACGUGCCAACCACACCACCAAACUCUUUCCUUCACUCAACCUUCAAAGCCCAUUUUGUCUAAUUUUGCUCAUAAUGCCUGCUAAAAACAAAGAACUUUAAUACUAUGAAGGUCUGAAUGGAGUGCAUAUAUGUACUUCAUUGGCCAAGUGUUAUUCUUAGACAAUUUCGUCAUUUUACUUGAAUUGUCUAUUUUUGGUUUUCCACUAAACUCCAAGUUACAGAUGAGGAUACCCGUAGGCUGUUUUAAAAAAAGCAAAAAUGAAUGACAGGGACUUCAAGAAGCCAAUUCUGUAACCUGGCUAAUGGCGUUAAGUGUCUCCUUGAGGCGGAUUGCAUUCCUCCUGUUCUUUGUCAUCUCAGUGGAAAUCCCUAGAACUCCCAUCCACUCUGUGUGUGUGUGUCGGGCACAGCCGAGCCUUAAACUGUACAUAACCGACAGCGUCCUCUGGCGCUUCCCAAUACCACGUGCGCGUGUGUGUCCGCAGUUUCUUCAAAGACCUUACAUGUAUCGGGACAUUCUGCUCCAUUCCGUGAUCAGCUGCAAAGCCACCCAUGUUGAAUGUGUUUCCACAUUAGUGAAAUAAAAGUGGUAAUUGCAUUUUGUGAUUUAUUUUGUCUUUUUCAUUUUUAAUAAAACAUGCUGACAAAACGGCGGUGGUUACUCUCUGUAUUGUGUCUAGCGGGAAGUAGCAGGUGGCUUGCAUCUCGGCUGGCUACAGAGGGGUCAUAGUGAUAUAAAAGAGGACCAUUGGUCACAGAAUAGAAUGGGAAAAGCACUUUGUUGCUUUCUCUGGUAGAGCUUUACUCCACAGAGGAAAGACCUUAAAUGUCACAUCCCAAGGACUGGCAGUGAAGGCUGUUGUCAGAUUGCCA